UGUAAACUUAUGACAGCCCGGAUGAUGCAAUUGCGAUGAAACUGCGAUAAGAAUUUAUGAGUGAAAAAAGUUCAUAGCGCAAACUCCGUUAUAUUAUCAAAGAAAAUGGGCAAACUAUAAAAAAUAGUGAUAAAGAGUCAAUGACACGCGUAUAUAUGGGCACCGGCAUAUACAGAUCGACUCGGUAUAUAACCGAGUCGCAUUCGCUUGGCUAUAGCAUGACUCGCAACAAAGUCGGAAACUCGAUCGAGCCCCCUAACAGCAAUGUUACUCGGCUGGUCAUCGGUUUCGAUGGCCAAGUUUAUGAUGGUGGCAGCAGCGGCAGUGGCGACGACAUCGGGCAUGUCCGUAGUCGGAUUGUUGGAAGACGCUCAAGCUCAAGUCAUUUAUUUGCCAUUGUUGUCCAGUUCCGAAAGUGUUGGUCAGACGAAUGAUGAGAUACCAUUGUCUUUCACCGCAUUCGGGCGAAACGUCCAACUCAAAUUACAAAUAAACCGAAAGCUCGUCGCACCCUCCUUCCAAGUGUGGCGACACGACGAAGGUCAAUCGGUCAAAGUGGAAGAGUUGGAAACGCCACGCUUCUGUUAUUAUAUUCAUCAAGAUAGCACGAGCACCGCAGCUGCGAAUUUGUGCCGAGGAACUGGUCAUGUCAGUGCCCUUGUGUGGCUGGAAGAUCAAGUGCUCGAAAUAACGCCGCUGGAAGAUUCGGGGUACACAGCUAAUUCGGCAUCGGCCCAUCUCGUCAAGAGGUCAGCUUAUUCGUCUUCGGAGCUGCUUCUUGGAACCGAUGGAAAUGGAAUCGAGAGUUUUUACAGAAACGUAGUGGCGAGAAAAAGCGAGAAUGCUUCUGGCAACGACGGUGCAGCAAUGUCGGGGCGAACGAGGGCUCAAGGUCAACGAACGACGACGACGACGACGAUAGAACUGGCUCUCUUUUUUGACAAGGCUGGCUACAAUUUAUUUUACCCUUUUUUCGAUAAGAGCGAAUUGAAAAUUCGGGACAUGCUACUCGCUUAUAUAAACGGUGUCCAAGCGUUGUACUACCACCCGAGUUUGGGCAGGAAAAUCGACUUGGCGCUCGUCCGUCUCGAAAUAAUGAGGACUCAGCCGUUCGAUCUUCCCCAUCACGAAGGCGAACGGGAACGUCUCCUCGAUUCGUUCUGUCGCUACUCGGCCAUUCAUAAUCCCGAAGGCGACGACGAUCCGAAGCACUGGGACAUGGGACUGUACGUCUCGGGCUUGGAUUUUUACGCCCUCGAGGCCGACGGCACGAAGAACGGAAUUACGAUGGGUCUCGCUCCGGUAAACGGCCUCUGCCAUCAAACUUAUUCGUGCGUCAUUGCCGAGCUCGGGGUGACUAAUCGCUUCGGAAAACCUUAUCCAUCCGCUGGCUUCACCUCAGUUUUCAUCGCCGCGCACGAAAUUGGUCACAAUUUGGGGAUGCGUCACGACUCUUCGGACAAUUCGUGCAGCAAGGACGGCUACAUAAUGUCACCGAGUCGUGGUACUCAAGGAGAAACGAUUUGGUCGAGUUGCAGCAGAGAAGUUGCUCUGGGGUUGUACGACGCGAAGCCUUGUCUUUCGGAUAACGAGGGAAUAGCGGGAGACCGUGGUAGGAUCGAGCACGUAGCACGAUAUGGAAAUUUUCCUGGCAGAAAAUGGAACGCGAAGAAGCAGUGCGAGCUGCUGCUCAGGGACAAGGAUGCGGUUGUCGUGAGCUUGGAGAACGCUUGUCAGGCGCUUCGUUGCAAAAGUCCUCAUCGUACCGGAUAUUUCUACGCCGGACCAGCUCUGGAAGGCACUUUGUGCGCUCGAGGGAGCGAAUGUCGAGGCGGAGAGUGCAGUCCGGUAGCAGUUAAUCCACCAGACCCGCCACAAUCAUCGGGUGGGAGCGAAUGGAAAAAAGGACCCUGCAAGAGCGGAUGUAUCGUCGGAUCGAAAGGCGUCCGAAAUGAAGGUCCACCGAGCUGUCGCCACGGCCGACGAACGACGAACUGCACCGAAGAAUCUUCGGCCAACAAUCACCCGGUCGAACUCUGCGAAGACGACCGGAUCUGCGCUGCUGGCAAACGAAUCCCCGCAGCCGAUUUUGCUGGCAAAAGAUGCGAGUUUUACGCCCUAAGCUUACCCGAAAUUGAUCCGAACGGCGGCGGCUUACAAGCCCCCCACGAAACCCUAAGGCCUUGGCUCGCUUGCGCUGUUUUCUGUCGGCGAACAGACAUCGCCUCGUUUUACACGCCCCGAAUUCCGCUCUACGACCUUGGCCUCGACCCCUAUUUCCCAGACGGUACGUGGUGUCAUCGGGAUCAACGCGAAAGAGACUAUUUCUGCCUUCGACAUCAUUGUCUACCUCAAGAUUUUCGAUUUUAUGACAAUUAUAACAAAGACUCUGAGCCGGAGUACGACCUUAAUGGCGACGGAGACGACGAUGACUCUUGGAGCGAUAAGGACUAUCUUGAAAUUCCGAAUCACCUUGACAAUUCUAUCUCGCUCAUUUUGUGAAAAAGUUAAAAAUACGUGAACUAUUCUCUCAACUAUUGUAAUAAAUUUAUUAUUGAGGAAUUAGCGCGACUCCAGAAUGAAUGAAAAAGGAGUGAAUGAAGUCGAAAAAUAAUGAAACACGGUUUCUAACCAACUGAAGAACCGAAACUAGUCGGAAGAUUUUUUUUACGGUUUCUAUAAGAGAGUUAUUAGAAUCGAAAAAAAUAAGACAAUAUUUAAUUUCUCAAAGGAAAGAGGAUAGAAAUUUUUUAAUACGAAAUUCGAUAAAAGAACGAAAAACGAAAUGAGGCAUAAUCGAUUUUAGAGUGUUUUUAAAGCUCAGUUUGAUCGGCAGAGCUGCGGGAGGGUCAAUGGCACAACGAAGAUUCCAAAGUAACGAAACCGUGAUCGAUAAUAAACGGCUCAAAUUAGUAUUCAUUGAUUUUUAUCCUCAUAAGAAUUCGUUCACUGAACACCGUAUUCUUUUAACAUUUCUCACAAAAUAUUCCGAACGAGCUAUUUGCGGAGAAAAAUCGCAAAAACAUUGGAACCGCGGUUACGAAGACUGGUCUAGUAAAAAAAGAAGGUACAACAAUCUCGCAGACUCCCACUUGGGUGGAGGAACGGUGCGCGUGUGUGCACUCUGGACCGCGCGAAUGUAUGUGACCAGAUGACGUCACCCACUUGGCUUACUAUUUUAGGAGUGGUUCUCGAUCGGAGUAGCGCAGUAAACGAAAUCUCGUGAAAACGGCGAGACGAGGAGGGUCGCGAUGAUGAUCACCGUCAGCGGCAUGUGAUGAUCAUCGUUUGCGACAAAACAAAACGCUCAUGAACCACACUUUGAUACACAAAUAGUGUAAACAUAACGAAUAUUAUAAGUUUUCACAAGAAAAACAAAAAUCUACGUUAUAAUGAUGCGUUAAGAAUUGACAAUUGUCGAUAGCGAAUAAACAAUAAAAACAAUCAUUCGAUUUGACAACAAAA